CUUUUGCCAGCCUUUGGUCUCUUCGUGCGACUCUAUGUCACUAGGAAAAAAAACAAAUGUUCUUAGUUGGGAGCGAUGUUACAUACUUGGCUCAUGCUCCGGCCUUCUUCUCCUAUCACACAUCGGUUGCCUCUUCAUCGCGAAUCCCGUAACAAAAAAGUAUCGAAUUCUGGAUCACUCUGGGUCAAAGCUUAUACCUACGAUACCUGAUCAUAAGGACAGAGCGAUGUGUGUUGGUUUUGCGGUAAAUCGAAAUCGAACCACCAUGAGAUUCAAGAUCGUAUGCAUACUCGAGAUGCAAACGGUCUACAAAUUCGAGAUCAGUGACGGAUAUUCAUGGAGAUUAUCGGAAACGACCAUCACCCCUAGGUCAAUAAGUGAUCUCAGGACGCGAAUGAAACCUGUUUACUUGAACGACACUCUUCAUUGGUUGAGAAACGACGGGAGCAUUAUAGCUUUUAAUCCCGAGACAGAGCAAGCACGAUUGAUUCCUUCCAGAUUUCGACUCCAACAUAAUUUGGACAUGAAACUGUUAUUUGCGGCAAACGAAAAUAUCAACCGCCUGACUUUGAUAUCAAUGACGAAAAACAGAAUCUCAGUUUACACACUACUCGAGAAUUCCAAGUGGGCUCUCGCCAAGCGGGUCAAGUACAUAUCUACGGAUAAAAGAGAGAUUUUAUCCUCGCCGGAUGUGGUUGCGUACGAUGGCAAGUGUCUUGUGUUGAGGCAGAUGAAGAAGGACAAUCCUCAUAUCAGAAGUGUGGUUCAUGUGUACGACAUGGAAGCUAACUGUUGGAGAGGUUUAGGGGCCAUAUGUCAGUAUGCUAUCGUCUACGAGUUGUAUAAGAUUACGCCCUCUUUGUUCUUUGUCGAAGAGGAUGAUGAGAAGCAGAAGGUCGUUGUAGCAUCUAAUCACCAACACAUCUACCUAACCGCGGUUUUGGGAGCCAUUGAUACGACCAAGUAAACUAUCUCAUGCUUUGAUUAUUUUGGAUCUAAUAAUUAAUACAAUAAAUGUCUGAUUUGUAA